AUGGCUCAGACUCUAUAUUUCCCUCUUCUCCUCAUUGCUCUCUGCUCCAUAUCUGAAUGUGUUCAGCGUCAGUAUCACUUUAUAAAGGAGAUGAAGACCUGGACUGAAGCUCAGAGAUACUGCAGAGAGAAAUACACAGAUCUGGCCACUGCUGACAACAUGAACGACAUGAUCCAGCUGAACAAGACUGUGAAUGUGAGAGGUUUUGAGAUUAUCUUGAUUGGUCUUCAGAAGACGAGUGUUUAUAAAUGGCAUUGGUCUUCAGGUGAUCCUGCGCUCUUUCUGAACUGGGCAUCUGGACAACCAGCCGGCAGUAAUAACUGUACUGUUAUGAAAAAUGGACAGUGGUUUGAUGAACCAUGUAGUAACAUCUCAUUCUUCAUCUGCUACAACACGAGCACAGGACUGGUUUUUGUCAAUCAGACAGUGAACUGGAGAGCCGCUCAGAGUUACUGCAGACAGAAUCACAUUGAUCUGGUCAGUGUGAGGAACCAGAAUGAGAGUCAACAGCUGGAGAAGUUCAUUAAUGACAGAAGCUCAUCUGGAUCUGCAGUCUGGAUCGGUCUGUUCAGAGACCCAUGGCAGUGGUCAGAUCAGAGCAACUCCUCGUUCAGAUACUGGGAUACCAAUCAACCUGAUAAUUAUGGAGAUAAACUGAUUGUGAUCCAGCAGAAUCUGUCGUGGUCUGAAGCUCUGAGAUACUGCAGACAGAAUCAUGUGGAUCUGGUCUCGGUUCAGUCAGUGGAGAUGCAGCGUCGUGUGAUGAACGUGGUUAAACUGGCGUCUACUGAGGCGGUGUGGUUGGGUUUACACAACUACUGCAGCAUAAACACGUGGCUCUGGGUCAGUGGAGACAUGGUGUGCUAUCAGAACUGGGCUCCAGGGAACGGCAGCACACCGGAAAACUGCAAACUGGAGAAGAGAAAAGGAGCAGUUCAGUCUGGAGGAGAUCAGACCUGGAUCAGCCUUCCUGAAUCUCACAGACUCAACUUCAUCUGCACUAACUACUGAGAGAAGAUGUGUCUGUGUGUUUACU